ACUCCUACCUGUGUUUUGCAGCUCCUCUGUGAUAAUGGGGCUGGGUCAGAUGUGAAGGGCCGUGUGAUGGUCUAGCCGUACCUCACAAUAAGCAGCACGUAGCUUGAGAUUGAUGGUGUAGCGGGAAAUUUAAAGAGGAGUCACUACCACCAUCACCAUGACCCCAACCCCAGCCCCCACCCCCCUGGAGAGUGGGAGUGGCGGGGCGCCCAUGGACUCCUUGGGUGGGGAAUGGGUGGCCAGCUGGGGACCAUUUCCCUUGGUGUACUCAUUCAAUACAUCAAUCAGCGCACAUACUCAGAUUUGCUUAACCUGGCGGAAAUCCUGCCAAGGAAGAGUGACAUGGAGAAGAAGGUUGACAUCGUCCAGUAUGCCCAGCAGACACGGCAACUUUAUGUUCGGCUCCUUGCCCUUGUUAAAUGGGCGGCCAGUGCCUCAAAGGUGGACAAGUGCUGUCACAUAAUGGCAUUAUUGGAGAAACAAAACAGCCUCUUCACGGACACAGCCGACAAGCUUUACCACAUGACUAAGGAAAAUCUGGUGAGAGCAAGGCUGCCACACUUCCACAUCCCGGCUGCCGUGGAGACCCUCACAACAGGCUCGUACAACCGACUGCCACUCACCAUUCGCCAGCGCAUCCUUCCACCAGAGCCUAUCACCUCAGUGGAGCGCAAGUCAACACUCACCAGACUAGAACAAAUCAUUCAGCAUCGUCUUGUCACCUCAGAGCUGCCACCCCAGAUGAGGACAUGCAGGAUAGAGAACGGGAGAGUACGCUUCACUGUGGAACAUGAGUUUGAAGUGAGCCUGACCUUGAUGGGGGAUGCUCCUGGAGAGCCAUGGAGGCUGCUAGAAAUAGAGAUCUUGGUCGAAGAUAAGGAGACGGGAGACGGAAAGCCACUUGUUCAUCAGAUGCAGAUUGCCUUCAUCCACCAGCUAAUCCAGUCACGUCUCCAGGACAACCCCAACCCUUUGCAGGAGACAUACAUGGUCCUUCACUCUUUUUGUCAGUCCCUGCAGCUGGAGGUCCUCUUUACCCAGACCCAGAAGCUGUUGGAAGACCGGCUUGACUCCCACAUCCGCAUUGAAGAGUACAUCCAGGGGCGCUCCCUCACACUCACCUACUGGCGUGAGCUGAGCCAACACGACCCUUCCUCCCAGUUGGGCUACAGGCUAACCGUACAGACAGAUCCAACUCAGCCCUCUAAACCCCUCACUGUCCUCCAUACACCAUGCCUGGGCUCUAAGGAGUCGGAAAUAGCAGAGCGUGCCAUCAGGAGUGACCAUUUGUCCAUUGAGCGUUUGCUGGUGCACACCAUCUACCUCAGGACCAAGGCACGGCUGUCUGAGCUGAAGCAGGAGCUGGACGCUAAGCUUGGGGCGGACGCUGAGAAGUGCCAGCUGAGUGGAUCUCCAGCAGUACUCCAUGUACCUAUACUGCAGCCCAACCUGCGGUCAGAGCAGCUGCUAGUAACAGUGGACACCCACACAGGUGUGCUCCUUCCCUCAGUCCCACAGUAUGACAACUGCCCCAUCAUCCCAGAGUUACAGGUGGCCCUCAACCAUGACCACUCAAAGCUGCAUGAACUCAUCUCAGAGCUCAGGUAUUGGUUGAUGGUACGACGGACUGAAAAGACUCUGCAGCAUCUUCCAGCUACAGCUCAUGAGCGACUGCCCCUCAUGUACUACACCUCCCACCCACUCAAUGCCCUCUCCAAGCAUAAAGUGUUCAUCACCUUCCACAAACAUCCAGGCUAUGUUGUGAUUGUUGAGUUUCAUGAGCGUGAGGGAAGCCCAUGUGAGGUGGAGCAGAGCCUGUACUUCAUGGUGGUGCGGCAGGCCAGUAUUGAGGACAACCCAGACGAUGACACAGUACAGACUGCCAUUCCUAAGAGUUACCUGAGAGCCUACCACCUGGUGAAGCUGGACUCCUUUGUGUGUACCCAUGGUCCCUCUACCAAAGUUGAUGUGGUGGAGCCAGGUGAGCGAGCACUGGGAGGCAAACGCAAAUUACUCCAGCGCGGUGAACCUGCCAGCAAACGGGUCAAGGUCCCAGCAUACUUCCUUCCUGAUGUUGCCCAGUGUGUGGCUAUGACUGAUGUGAAGCUGCCUCUGACACAUCUUUCCCUCAAGCUCCGAGAGCACGGGGUUUUCAACACUGGCGAACAGAUAGAGGAGGGUGGUAUGGGGGUGCUGCUGCGUCUCAUUGACCUACCCAGCACCGAGGGACUGUCCACCAGCACCAUCCUUGCCCUCCGCAAGCACCUUCUGUCUGCCUCCAUCCGCAUGCAGGUGGCAGUGGCCUGGCAAUUCACGGGCUCAAGGGUGUUUGGAAUGGAGUACCUCUUUACCAAUUGCCCGGUGGUGAGCCAGCACUCUAGGGAGCAGGGACCACGGCGGGCGUGCUACUUCACUUAUGACGUCACAGGUGCAGAGAAUGUCAACACUACUGUAGAGGCAAUUUUGGCUGACUGGACUUCCAUAGCCAGGCUCUACCAGCUUGUGCUACAGUUUGCUGCUCAGCUGAAGGCAUCCAGAGGUGUGUGGGGGAGCCUAGCUGGUGUGGAGUCAGCAGGCAGUAGCAGCAGCAGCAUCAGUAGUAAUGUGCCAAACCCAAAGACACUGAGUGAAAUGGUGAGGGUACGCUCAUUCAACUACAAGUCGAUCACACUCUCCUAUGGGCCAAGCUUUGAUGCUUACUGCGUCCUGCGCUUUGUGCCGGAAAAAAAAGCCUUUAUAGUUAGCUUUGGCAUGAGUGGUGAGGGAGUGUGGGCCACCAACCCCCACACACUGAUGCAGGAGCAACUGCAGGAAUUAGUCAACCAGAAUGGAGUGAUGGGACUAGUGGACUUGGCCACUACCCUGCACCACACCUACCAGCCUCUCCUUGCUAUCUCACAGCUUUCACCAACCCUUCACUUGGGAGUUAUUGAUAAGCAGAAGAAUAAUCCCGUCAAGAACUUCACAAUAAUGCCACAGUCGCCCACACGUGUCAACAUCAUAUACCGCAAUGUGUACUGCCUCAAUGUGGACCUGCUGCAGAACGGCCUCAUUGCAUUGCGGGACGGCGCCUACAGCAGCUUUGACACCUCCAAGCUGAUUGAGGAAUUCAUACAGAUACAAGGACUCAAGGCAUUCCUCAGUAAAUAUGUGGAUGAGUCAGCAAUCAACAUCCGGCGCUCCCAGUCUGAGGAGGAGAAUCCCCCAACACCCAUACCACUGGAUGACACCCUCUGGACCACACACAAGGCAGCCUCUCCUGCCCGCCAUGGCCCAAUGACACCCCCAAUCAGCUCCAACCCCCACACCCCUGCCAGCCCUCACCCUGGUGGCAUCACUCAGACUAGUGGCCAUGGAGGAGGAUUUGUUGCCAGCCCUGCACAGACUGGUUUCUCCUUAGCCUCCCCACCACCUCUACCAGGCAUGAAUCCAUCCCCUGCUAUGCUGCCCCAUCCUUCCCCCGGCUCUGGCUUUCUGGGCUCCAACUCUCCCUCCUCAGCAGCCCAACAUGGUGUAUCCUCUCCUGGGUUCCUAGUUCCCUCCCCUGCUGGCCCUCACUCAGUCCCCAUGCACUCCCCAGCUUCAGCCAUGAUGCAUGGUGGAGGAACUAGUGGACUAGGCAGUAGCUGUGGACCUAACCGAGUGCUGCCAAAUAAACCAUAUGCUGCAGCUGUCCCAACAACCCUCACCCAUGAUGCCUUCCACACCUUGUGUUCUCCCACCCCAAUGGAGGAAUCAGGUGGGGAGAACACCAUCCAAUGCUUGCUUGAGCAGUUCUUGGGGAUCACCUACAUAAAGCGACACUUCCAGCAGCUCUGUGAAGGCUGUGAGAUGAUGAAGGCAGUAAAUGGAGUGGAGGCAGGCAGCCUGCAGUUCAAGACAGAGACACUGGUGUGCCAGCUUCUGGUGCAGUCCAGCCCUGGUUACAGCCUCAUACUCAAGCUGCAGUCCCCAGCUGACCAAUCUGAACAUUGGACUCAGGAAGAGCUGCAGACCAUAGAGAAAUUUUUCCGUGCAAAGGUCCCAAUCCCACCAUACAGGCCGUAUGCUGUCCAAUCGUUUUAUAACAUCCUCAAGUUCUCUGCCCGGGUGCUCAGAGAUUGUAUCAAGCUAAUGCAACUUGAACUUAAUCCCAGCCCUCAACUUCAGCAGCAGAUGAAAUGGAAUAUCCAGUGGUGCCUCACCAAUCCUCCCAUUGGAUACCACAUAGCACCACCUGGUCUUCAGAUAGUGGUGGUGUCACGCAGUAAAAUCCUCCUCUUUUUCCAGCUGACCCGUGUGAACACCGGUGUUGGGGAGGAUGGUUCUGGCUGUGUGAUGCUGCCAGUGGUGUACGACUGUGUCACCAACAAGACUCAGAUGGCUGAGCAUCGACAACCAGGAGCAGCUCUCACACUCACCAACCAGGUCAUCAAUGACAUCAUGGCCCGUGCUCACUUACAAGCAGGGGAGCUUUGUUUGUAUCCCUAUAUCAGGGAGCUGGUUUGUGGUCUUGCACUUGGUCCAGAUGGAGCUGCCUUGGCUGUUGGCCCUCCACCACCAGCACCCCCUUCAUCAUCAUCCACUGUCACCCCUGCCUUAGGCUCUCCUCACCUGCCUUCUCCACAUGUAGCUUCUCCUCACACUCCAGGUUCCUCAGCUGCCUCAGUGCAGGUUUCUGCCCCGUCCCCAGCUAUGAUGUCCAGCAGUAAUACAGCAACUUCAGCCUCAGCACAUUACACCUGUCCUAAGCCAGUGUCCAGUGUGAGCCAUGUGCCUACAGGGAUGGGCACCAUGCCUGUCAUGACUGGCAACAUGAGUCAGGGUCAUAUGACUUCUAUUGGUGGUGGAAUCAUGCAGAGUGGCCCUCGCUCACUCCAGCAACCUGGUCAAAUGACCAUUGGCCCUGGAGGAAUGCAAGCACAUGCAAGCAUGCAAGCUGGACCAGGUAUGCAGAGCAGUCAUGGAAUGCAGACCAACAUGCAAGGAGGGCCUGGAGGAAUGCAGGCUGGUGGCAUGCAAGGACCAGGAGGUAUGCAGGCUGCCAUGCAAGCAGGUCAUAGCAUGCAAACAGGUCCUGGGGGUAUGCAGGGACCAGGUGGUUUGGGUGGGCCUGGAGGCAUGCAGCCAGGGAUGCAGACUGGACCUGGUGGUAUGCAAGGACCUGGAGCCAUGCAGGGUGGCCAUGGGAUGCAAGGAGGACCUGGAAGUAUGCAAGGUCCUGGGUCUAUGAGUGGGCCAGGAUCUAUGGGUGGACCUGGAUCAUUGGGAGGACCUGGAACAAUGGGAGGUCCUGGAACCAUGGGACCAGGAGGUCGGCAAGGAGGCUUUGCUGGCAAUAUGAUGAACCAGUUCAAUCGAUGAAUCUGCCUGAUGGCUUACAGCAGGUGCCUAUUUUCUUCCUUACAAAGGGACAACUGCCUGACAAGACAGUUGGUUUAGUAAUCAACUACUUUUGACACCUCUGCUAAGGGGGUUAGGGGAAAAAAACACGACAAAUUUUGUUAGUUAUCAAACCAUUAUACUGUACAGUAUUGAUUUAUGUUUUUUCUUUCUUAUUUGAGCCUCUUUCAGGUUAAUAUAUUAUGGAAAGUAUUCUUAAGACUAUAAAUAAAAAAAAGUUAUUUUUAUUCA